UGGCCAUAUAUCCGGAAGAAACAAACCAAACCGGAUUCCUGUAAUGCUUAUUUAAAGCGGGCUAUUGACACGCGUGUGAAUGGUCGACUGAUCAUAUUGGCUUCAGUCCAUCUUCUCAAUGAAAGCUGCGUGAUCCAGGAUAGCCUCCAUGAGGAAACAGCGUAAGAAAUAGUCAAAAGUUGCGGGUGGCACGAGCAGCGGCUCCUCUUUACCGUUAUUACAUCCUAGCAGGGGUGACAAGGAGGGGUGAUAAUCGCCUAAAGCUUGGACAAAGAAGUGUCUGUUCAGGUCUAUGAAACUGUGAAUCAUGAGGUUAACAGGCCCCCUGAGAGUUCUAGGUGUGCUGUUGUUGGUGGGGCUCACCUGGCUGCUGGCAAACACCUUAUUUGGAAAGGAGAGUGGUUCAUCUGUGCGGCAUUUCUUCAUCGGUGCAAGUGAGGAACCAACACCCGCAGAACCCCGCCCUCGCAGGUAUAAAUGUGGACUUUCAGCUCCCUGUCCUCCGAAACAUUUGGCUUUCCGCCUGGUGUCUGGUGCUGCCAACGUCAUCGGGCCCAAAAUCUGCCUGGAGGACAAGAUGCUAGUGAGCAGCGUGAAGAACAACGUUGGCCGAGGACUAAACAUAGCUUUGGUCAAUGGGGUGACGGGAGAGCUCUUGGCCACAAAGACUUUUGAUAUGUGGGCAGGAGAUGUUUCUGACCUGUUGAAGUUUCUCCGGCCGCUCCAUGAAGGAACACUCGUGUUCGUGGCUUCCUUUGAUGAUCCAGCUACAAAGUUGAACGACGAGUCUCGGCGACUGUUUGAGGAGCUUGGGAGCACGAUGGCGAAAGAGCUGGCCUUUAGAGACAGCUGGGUCUUUGUUGGGGCCAAAGGCAUUGAGAAUAAGAGUCCCUUUGAGCAGCGAAUGAAGAACAGUAAGAGCAGCAACAAGUAUGAAGGUUGGCCUGAGUCUCUGGAGAUGGAUGGCUGCAUUCCACUGCGGGCACCCCUGGAAGGAUAAUAGUGCCUGAUGCUCCCUCACAUCCAGCACAGUAACACCUGGAGUGGCAGCAGUGGAUCCAGAUGACUGACAGAAACCCAGGGAACUGCCAAAUGACUGAAACCAUACAAGACCUGGGCCGCAUUUUAUUUUCUCCUCUCUUGACUGAGGCUUGAGCUGACUGCAAAGACUGUCUUGGGACUUGGUAUAUUUAAAACUGCUGGAACUUGUUGUGGAGGAUUGCUGAAUUCAGCUUUGUGAGCCACUUUUGAGCUGAAGUAAUGUUGUAGAAACAAUGAAAAUGUUUGUGUUGGUUAAGGGAAACUUGAGAGGCCAAAUGCUUGAUGACCAAAGCGACUAGUGAAUGAGUACAGUUGGAUUAGGUCUUCCAAAGCCCUUGCUGGAAAUGGAUAAAUUUCCCCUCAGUGAGCCUGCUUGUAGGGUGUCAGUAUCCUUGAGCAACAGGACUGUGACACGAGUGGACGUUGAAUGUUCAGCAGGUGAAAGAUGCACUUACCUGGUCUCACACUAAGGCAUUAGGAAACCUAAUCUAUGUCAACACAGGAAGAACAUUUGAGGUACACUAUUAGUUUAAAUUUCCUAAACACCAGGGCUGUUGGCAGAUUAUAUAUUUAAAUACAUUAAUAUAUUUUCAUCCUGUGACAUAUAUUUCAGUGAUGUUGUUAUGCCUUGUGUUAGUUGCUAUUGUUUCUUUAGAACUUGAUGCAUUGCAGUUAUUUCUUGCCACAUGUUUACAUUUCUUAAGACAAAUUUGGCCUUGGUGAUCACUUUACCUUGAAAAAAAAUAUUUAUUUUAAUACUUUAUUAGAAAACAUAUUCAUAGUGUGGGUUUAUCAUAACACCACCCAAGGUUUUAAUAAUCUCUCAGGCCUGCAAGCAUCUUUUCACUGAGUGCUUUUUGUAAGGUUUCAACCUAAAUGUGUGGUUGUGUUUGUCAUUUUUAAAAAAAAUGUUGAGUGUAUCGACCGGGCAUGUAGGAAAAGCAUAGAAAUAAAGAUCUUAUUUCAUAUGUUUGGUUUGAAGUCCAUUUUAGCUGCUCUGUCUGAAUUCUAUUACGUGCAAAGAUUUUUCUACAACGCAUUACAGUCCUUUUAUAUUGUGACAACAAUGUUAAUGAAUAAAAAUGUUCUAAUAUUUCU